AAGCUUCGACCCUUCCCUUCAAUGGCGGCAUCGAGAUCGAAGCUCUGAGCGGAGAGCCACGAUGAGGGCGAGAGUGAUGCCUCCGCUGUGCUGCAUCUCCGCCAACUGCGGUAACAUCGGCGCCGGCGACAGAUCUCCACUGCCGGAAGACGAUCGGGCGGAGGAGAUCGCGGAUGCUGCCCCUUGCGAACCCGCGGUCGCUGGGGUUCUCUAUAAAUGGACCAACUACGGUCGUGGAUGGCGAUCGCGGUGGUUCUCGCUGCGGAAUGGCAUUCUUUCGUAUUCUAAGAUCCGUCGCCGCGCUGGCGACGGCGGAGAUCUCAUUGGCGGUGGUGGUGCCCGGCUUAUUGGGAACGCUUCCGAGCUGUUCUCCCUUUCCGGCGCGAAGCUUGCUGCCGUUGUUUAUCUCAAGAUUUCAUCAUUUCGUGAAAGUAAAUCGGAUGAUAGACGGUUCUACAUAUUCUCUCCCACAAAGACACUUCAUUUGAGAACUUAUUCAAAGAAAGACCGUGUGGCUUGGAUUGAGGCUUUGGUUUCUUCUAGCUGUGUAAUUUCCUUGAAUGAACAGUUAUCUUUCAGGCACAACAAUAUUUCCUUUUCAACUGAAAGGCUGCGAAAUCAUAUGCGUUCAGAGGGUCUUGGUGAGGAACUCAUCCAAGAUUGUGAGAAGAUCAUGCGUUCAGAAUUCUCUGAGUACCACAGACAAUUGAAGGCUCAAUAUGACGAGCAUUUAACCAUACUUAACACAUAUGAUUCACAGUUGGAGCCUGGCAAUGUGGAUGAUGAUACUAUUACAACCCAUGAGGGCCAUCUGCAGUUGCUAAACGACGAUUUUUCUAGCUCUGGACAUGGAAAAUUCAGUGAAUACAGCACGACAGAAUCUUCUGAUGAUGUUGGGAAGCAAGAUAUUGUUGAAUUGUCUGAUGAAGAUGAGCCUUGCUUUUUUGAUACACGAGAGUCUUUUACUGAGCGUUCAACAGAGAAUGCCAAUAAGAGAUGCACAUUUGGUGAUCACAUGGCUGAUGAUGAAAUGGUAGAUUUUGAACCAGAACUUAGCAAUGAUCAUUCAUUUCCUCAUGUUCAAAGGCGUAAGAAAUUGCCUGAUCCUACUGAGAAAGAGAAAUGUGUUAGCCUUUGGUCAGUAAUCAAAGAUAAUGUAGGAAAGGAUCUUACACGUGUAUGUCUUCCUGUUUACUUCAAUGAACCACUAUCAUCACUUCAGAAGUGCUGUGAGGACUUGGAAUAUUCAUAUCUUUUGGACCGGGCAUAUGAUUACGGGAAAAUGGGGAACAGUCUCAUGAGAAUUCUGAAUGUAGCUGCCUUCGCAGUCUCUGGGUAUGCUUCCUCUGAUGGGCGACCCUGCAAACCAUUCAAUCCUUUGCUGGGAGAAACUUAUGAAGGUGACUACCCUGAAAAAGGGAUCCGAUUCUUCUCUGAGAAGGUUAGUCACCAUCCUAUGCUCAUUGCUUGCCACUGUGAAGGUAAAGGUUGGAAGUUCUGGGGUGACAGCAAUCUCAGGAGUAAAUUUUGGGCCCGAUCUAUUCAACUAGACCCUGUUGGCAUUCUAACACUGGAAUUUGAUGAUGGUGAAAUCUUCCAGUGGAGUAAGGUAACAACAACUAUUUAUAAUCUGAUCCUUGGGAAAAUAUAUUGUGAUCACCAUGGCACAAUGAAAAUUGAAGGUAACCGUGAAUAUUCAUGUAACUUAAAGUUCAAAGAACAGUCCUUCCUUGACCGUAGCCCACGCCAUGUGCAGGGCUUUGUUGAGGAUGGCACAGGAGCUAAAGUCGCAACCUUGAAAGGGAAAUGGGAUGACAACAUGUACUACACUCUAGAAGAUGAUGUAUCUAAAACCAAGGGCGUGACGUCACCACAAAAAGCCUCCUUAUUAUGGCAAAGGAGUAAGCCUCCUUCUGAUCCUACUCGAUACAACUUAUCAUCAUUUGCAAUCACUCUAAAUGAGCUAACACCAGAACUUCAGGAGAAGCUUCCCCCAACGGACUCAAGACUUCGACCAGACCAACGGCAUCUGGAAAAUGGGGAGUAUGAGAAGGCAAACGCGGAAAAGCUGAGAUUAGAGACACGACAACGAAUGUCCCGUAAAUUGCAGGACGAUGGCUGGAAACCUCGAUGGUUUCAAAGAGACAAUGAGAGCGGAACAUAUAGGUACAUCGGUGGUUACUGGGAAGCAAGAGAGCAAGGGAAAUGGGAUAGUUGUCCUCAUAUCUUCAGCAAGGCUACAUCAUAAGAUGUUACUGUUUUACCCUGUAUCCAAGCAAUCAAUUUGAUAAAUCAUCAAGGUUUGAUCUUCAAUGUAUGACUUCAAUUUAUCAUUUUUCAUCAUUUCGGCCAAAUUAAAUGCUGAAAUCAGUGUUUAUUACUUGCAAGCACAUAUGCAUCGACGUCACAGUUUUCAUCGUUCUUUCACAAAUAUCGGUAAUUGAAAGGCAGUGCAUCUAUAUUUUUAUGUGGUUCUUCUUCUGUGGCAUUUGCUUAUAGUUUCGUAUUAUUUACGGAUUGUGCAUGUUUAUGGAACUUCUUAAUAAAAAGUCAAUACACCAUGUCUUUUGUAUUUUAUCAAAAGGUCGACAAAGUUAUUCCUUCUAAAGUUUCAGUUCUGAUUGUAGAAUCUAUUGUUGCAAUUGACAAUGUGUGAUCAAUAGAAGUUCAUUUUGAUUA